UACUAACUGAUUUUUAAUCUGUUUCUUGACCCUUGUUCAGAUAUUUCUGCAGGUCAUGGACAUGAAGACGUUAUUGACUUAUUUAAAACUUAUAUACCCAAGGCCACAUGAACAUUCGAGCUAUGCAAUUAUUGCAGUUGCCUUGAGCCUGGUUUUCGUUUCACCAGAAAACAUGCGUACACUCACCGACAAGCUAGACAGUUAUCACAUGAUGAAAUGGUGGUCAAUUUCCGCAGUUUUACUUCAGUUUUUCUAUUUCUUUAUAUCCCCUUUUGUGAGGAAACUAAGCUAUUCAAAUUUUGUUAGAUGGUACGUAACAUGGAUCUUGGCGGCGGCUUUAUACCAUCUUCCAAGUUUUCAGUCGGUGGGAGUGGAUACGAGGAUGAAUUCAUCAUUGUUUUCGACAAUGUUCGUUUCUUCCCUUUUUGUUCUCAUUCAUUUGCAUUUACUAUACCAUGGCCUCAGGUAUGGCCUCAAGGAUACUGGUCUAGUUUCUGGUGUGGCUGUAAGGAGAUCCAUGAUCUCGCAUGUUAUUCAACAUUGUACUCUGUUAUGGGCAUUUGGUAUAUCUUGGUCUGCUCCAGUUGGAUCGGACCAUGAUGAUCCACUCCCUUCAAAGCCAGCUAUAUAUGGAGAGUCUUCAGAUGAAAUUUCGCCAAUAUAUUCGUUAUGGGGGUUGUAUAUUUUUCUAUAUAUCACUAAUUUUUUUGUGGAUAUAUUGACCAGAUGGGCUCUUAAGCAAGUUCAAUUAGUCGAAGAAAGUGAGGACAAUCAUCCUAAAUUCUUGGAUAUGGUUCCUUGGUACUCAGGGACAUCAGCUGAUCUAUUCAAGACUCUUUUUGACCUCCUUGUGUCUGUAACCGUUUUCUUGGGGCGAUUUGAUAUGCGGAUGAUGCAGGCUACAAUGAAUGACAGUCGUGACGGGGCUAACCAAGAAGAUUUUCUAUAUGACCAUUUUAGCGAAAAGAAAGAGUUUUGGUUUGACUUUAUGGCUGAUACGGGCGAUGGUGGCAACUCUUCUUAUUCUAUUGCUCGGCUUCUUGCCCAACGUUCACUUCAUGCUAGAAAGAAUGAUUCUUUGAUUGAAUUGCCUCGUGGGGACCUUCUUCUUAUUGGAGGCGAUCUUGCGUACCCUAAUCCAUCAACAGACACUUAUGAAGAGCGUUUCUUUUAUCCUUUUGAAGAGGCUCUUCCGCCACCUUCAUGGUAUAACAAGAAGCAUUUAGCUGUGAACAAGCCCGAGUUACCUGUUGGCGUUUUUGAUAUAAGACAAUACAGCGGGCCACAAUCUUUUGUUAUCCCCGGAAACCAUGAUUGGAUUGAUGGACUUCAAACUUUUAUGAGGUACAUUUGUCAAAAGAGUUGGUUAGGUGGAUGGUUAAUGCCCCAAAAGAAAAGCUACUUUGCUUUGCAGCUACCAAAAGGAUGGUGGGUGUUUGGUCUUGAUGUAGCUCUUCAUAACGAUAUCGAUAGUUUUCAAUUCAAGUUUUUCUCGGAGCUCAUACGCAAUAGGGUUAAAGAAAAUGAUUUUGUGAUCGUUAUGACGCAUGCACCAAACUGGAUUCUUGAUAGCUACUGGAAUGAUGAAACUGGAAAGAAUGUGUCACACCUUAUAUCUGAUCAUUUGAUGGGAAAGUGUAAACUUAGAAUAGCUGGGGAUUUACAUCAUUAUAUGCGACAUUCGUCAAGAAAACCUGCAACAGUGCAACAUUUACUUGUUAACGGGGGUGGUGGGGCGUUUUUGCAUCCGACACAUGUUUUUAGUAACCACAUUGAAGCAUAUGGUACAACUUAUGAGACCGAAGCCACUUAUCCAUCUGUUCAAGAUUCAAUCAGGCUUGCUAAGGAUAACAUAGAUAAGUUUCGAAUAGAAAAUCGGCAGUUCGAUUUUGUUGGUGGGAUCAUAUACUUCAUCUUAACCUUUUCGAUGUUUCCAUUGUGCGACCUAGAUCAUAUCCUACAAGAUGAUACAAUUUCUGGUCACAUGAAAAACCUUUUUGGCGCGGUAUGGGAUGCGUUUAUGUACAUGGUUGGUCAAUCAUAUGUAUCCUUUGUUGGUGCUUUGAUAUUGUUGGUGGCAGCAAUAUUAUUUGUUCCUUCCAAAGUUUCCAAGAAAAAAAGGGUAAUAAUUGGAGUUCUACAUGUUUCAGCCCACAUAGUUCUAGCUUUAGUUCUCAUGUUGUUAAUGGAACUUUGCAUUCAAAUCUGCAUAAGGAAUAAUCUUUUGGCAACAUCAGAUUAUCACUCGUUAUAUGAAUGGUACCGAAUUGUGGAAAGUGAACAAUUUCCAGACUCUGCAGGUCUAAGGGCGCGUAUAGAGCAAUGGACUUUCGGUCUUUAUCCCGCGUGUAUUAAGUAUCUUAUGUCAGCUUUUGAUGUUCCUGAGGUGAUGGCUGUAACGAGGACUAAUAUAUGCAAAAAUGGAAUGGUUUCACUUUCUCGAGGGAGCGCAACUAUAUAUUAUGUCUCUGUUUUUUUGUACUUUUGGGUGUUGUCAACUCCUGUGGUGUCAAUUGUAUUUGGAAGUUAUUUGUAUAUUUGUGUAAACUGGCUUCAUUUGCAUUUUGAUGAAGCUUUUUCGUCGCUACGAAUAGCUGAUUACAAAUCCUUUACACGAUUUCACAUCAAGGAGGAUGGAAGUCUUGAAGUUUUUACUCUUGCAGUUGAUAAAGUUCCAAAGGAAUGGAAGCGGCGUUCUGAUUCGGAUAAUAAGUCUGAGUCGCAUUCUGAUUCGAUUAAUGAGUCAAAACGGAAGAUGGAUUCUAAUUUGGAUAAUGAGUCAAAUCAACAGGAGCACAUGAGACAAGAUCCAAGUAAAUGGGAGGCUAAUCCUUUUCAUCAGGACCCGACUAAAACAGUUCGAAUUGUCGAUCAUUUUGUUAUUAAAAGGGAGACGUGUUCUGAAUCGAGUAAUGAGUCAGAACUGAAGCCACAUUCUGAAUCGGAAAAUAAGUCAGAACUGAAGUUGCAUUCUGAUUCGGAUAAUGACUCAGAACUGAAGCCACAUUCUGAUACAAAUGAUAAGUCAGAAUGGAAGAUGGAUUCUGACUCGAAUGAUGAGUCACUAGAGACAAUGUCCAAGUAACGGAGUGUUAAUCAUUUUCAUCAGGACCUGUUAAUACGGUUCGGAUUGUCAAUCAUAUUCCUAUUCAAAGGGAUGAAGCGGUGGAAAAUGUAGCUGUUGUAGCAGAGAGUCAUCACUAGGUUGUCAUCUGCUUAGCAAUUUGGUUGAAAAUGGUUUGUAGCACUUGUUAAUUGUAUCUACCAUGGUAAAUGUUUGUGUGUAUCACUCAUUUGUAUGUAAUUGUUACAUUUUUCUCAGCCUUUGAAUUCACAAGUGAGAUUCAGCAGUUCAAAAAUAAC